AUGUCUCUAAUCAGGGUCUCUGUUGGGACCGUGCUGCUCAGCCUCCUGGCUGGCGCGGCCGCUCAAGGUAUCACCGCUUCUCAAAGUUUGGCCAACUUCACCCAAGCCGGUGUUGCCCCGAAUAACACCAAGGUGCUCAUCCUUGGUGGUGGUAUGGCUGGUAUUAUCGCAGCCCGUACUCUCCAUGAGCAAGGCAUCGACGACUUCGUGGUUGUGGACGCCAAAACAGAAUUCGGCGGACGCAUGAUUCAAAAGCCCUUCGGUGUUGCGGGUAGACAAAUCGUUGUCGAGAUGGGUCCAAGCUGGAUUCAGGGAACUCAGGAUGGUGAUGGAAAUGCUAAUCCAGUUUGGGAGUUGGCACAGAAACACAAUUUGAGUGUGGUGGAGAGCGACCUGUACGGGAGCGUAUCCUUCUUCGAUUACACUGGGCCCAGCAACUACUCGGACACCUUCACAGCGUCGAUAGAUGCGUUCACCAACGCUACAGUGGUUGCAGGGCAGCGAUUGCGCGAGAACAAGGUUGAUAUGGAUCUCCGGUCAGCUUACAGUUACUUGGGUAUGGCUCCCACGACCCCACAAGAGGAGGCUUGCCAGUACUACCAGGUUGAUUUCUCCCCUUCGCAAACAUCGUGGUUGGCCUCUGCAAACAACAAUUUCACCUACGUCCCUGAGUCCGGAGGUUAUUCGGAUGUGAACAUGAUGUCUAUCGACCCGCGUGGCAUUGCAUGGAUUGUUCAAGCGGAAGCUGUCGAUUUCCUCAAGACAAACCAGAUCCUCUACAACCAGACCGUAACGUCCAUCCACUACGACCAGAACGGGGUGACCGUUCUGACAGCAGGCGGAUACAACCUUACCGCGGAACAUGCGCUGGUUACGUUCAGUGUUGGUGUGCUGCAAAAUACCGACGUUGUUUUCGAACCUACUCUUCCCGAUUGGAAACGUGAGGCUAUCAACAGCAUAGAAAUGGCGGGGUACAACAAGAUCUUCCUGCAGUUCAAUGACACUUUCUGGUUCGAUACUGAGAUGGGACUCUACGCGGACCUGCAGCGGGGGAGAUUCCCGGUAUGGCAAAGCUUGGAUCAUCCCGACUUCUUCCCUGGUUCCGGAGUCAUUUUUGUUACUGUGACAGGUGACCAGUCGCCCUACGUUGAGCAGAUGAACACCACGCAGCUCCAGAACGAGGUCAUGGAGGUUCUUCGCACAAUGUACCCCGGUGCCCCCGAUCCGGUCGAUAUCCACAUCCCUACCUGGGGCACUAAUGCCCUGUAUCGUGGCGCAUACUCCAACUGGGGGGCAUCUUUCGUACCUGGACAUGUAGAAAACUUGGGGGCCAACGUGGAUAAUCACCUCUGGUUCGCGGGGGAGGCUACCAGUCUCAAGUACUUCGGCUUCUUGCAAGGUGCCUACCUUGAGGGCCAGAGAGUUGGAAAAGAAAUUGCUGAUUGUAUCAACCACGGAAGCUGUUCGGUAGCUCAUGAGGCCACGAUUUCAAACGCCCAGCCUUACCCAAACAGUUUGCAGUAG